GCUGGAAGUGCUUCGCUAACAUCUACUACUCGCGAUGUCCAUCUAUGUGCCUCAAACGUCGUCUACGACUCUAGGAAAGGCAUCACUCACCGCAUCAUCUUCGAUACAUCAACCACUAAGAUAUACGGCUACCCGUCUCGUGGCGGUGUCAUCAUGCUAGAGUGUUCCCCGCCCCCAGACUUUAAUUUCCUGGUACUAGGCCGCGUGUAUCCGCUCGUGAAUAAGAUACAUUUCGUUAGAGGCUGCUAUUGCUGGGUGCGAGGUAGUGGGAUUCGAUGGCACGGUACUGGCUACCGAACAGUGAAGAUUGUUCAGCUGGAUGAUAGCGAUGAGCCGGAGCCGACGAAGCGGGAACGACACUAGGUCAGCGUAGCGCGGCCGAGCGCGGGACGGCUUAUAGCCUCCGAAUUCGACACAAACAUGUGGGACGUCGAGAGCGAGAAAGAGCUCGUUCCUAAUGAUGUUGUGCAGUUCCGGCUGUGCACGAGCAUCGAUGGGGAGCCGAAGAUCCUUAGGAAUAGAUUUCGAGGGAAGGAGUGGAGGGGUGUGGCAAGGCAAUGCGUUUAUCGGCGGUUGGAGGCAGAAUGGAACUGGUGAGGUUGUAGAGUUCCAGAAGAUAUGG